AUGACCGCUUCGUUACUUGCCCUUGUUCUUUGCAGCUUUGCAACCGUGCCCAGCGUCUUUGCUGACGCCAACGCCCCCUACUGUUCUGUCCUUGAGAGCGCCAGUGCCAGUUCCACGGUUGAAUGUCGCUCGCUGCCGAAUGAUUUUCUCCAAGUUCGAGGCGCUUCUUCCAUGUUUGCCUCUUCGCGCUCCACCCCGGACACGACCAUUUUGCAAAAUACCUUCAAGGCUCUUGCCGACUUGCAAAAUGACUAUUUCAAGCAAACUAGAAACACUUGGCCGGAUGCCAUUGAUUGGACUGCCGCUGUCAUCCAGACUAUUGUCUCGGCCACCAUGUCGACUCUCACCCAGUCCAUAGACGCGGCCGUGCCAGGCAAGGACUGGAAGCAAAAGGAAAAUCUCCUUUCCUUCCUACAUGAGCAAAUUGUCAGUUCCUAUUUUGGUCAAGAGGCUGAUAGGAUCCUCACUGAGGCCUACGAUGAUGUGCUCUGGGUCGUCCUUGGCUGGGUGGAAGCCGUAAAAUUCCGCCGUCUUCACCAAGAUCUGCAUUAUCCCGACGGAGGAUUCAAUGACAGGGCCAUUCCAACUGACAUCACCCAGGCUGUGAGGUCCAUGCCCUGGCACGGGCAGUUCUGGGUCGACACCUUUGCCAGCCGCGCCAAUGACUUUUGGGACUUCUCAUCCCAGGGCUGGAACACGGCGCUUUGCGACGGCGGCAUGACGUGGAACCCACGCUUGGAGACCUACAAGAAUGCCAUUACCAAUGAGCUGUACAUUGCUGGCUCCAUCGCCAUGUACAAGCACUUCCCAGGCGACCGCCUCAACGGCACUGGCUCGCGAGACCCGCGCCAUCUCCAGGCGGCCAAGGACGGCUACGAAUGGCUGAUGAAUGUUAACAUGACGAAUACUCAGGGUCUAUUCGUGGAUGGCUUUCACAUCAACCACAACAUCCCCAACAACACAAAGUGCGACCAGCGCGAUGAGAUGGUCUACACGUAUAAUCAGGGCGUUAUAUUGACAGGAAAUCGUGGUCUUUUCAGCGUGACUGGGGACCCUUUCUAUGUCGAAGACGGCCACAAGUUCAUCAGAGCUGUCAUUGCUGCGACUGGCUGGGACUUGCAGCUCGGAAAGCCUGUUGACCGCCUGAGCGGAGGGAAACUUCCCCCCUGGCGUGGCCUUGGACGCUACGGGUUGCUAGAAGAUCAAUGCGAUGCGUCUGCUACAUGCUCACAAGAUUCGCAGACCUUCAAGGGCAUAUACUUCCACCACUUGACUGCAUUCUGCAGGACCCUCGAGUUGACACAUGGUGACUCCAAAGUCAAUGAGCAGGCUCUCAUGCAAGUGCGGCAGGCACACGCCGCAUCAUGCCGCGACUACAUUGACUGGAUCAAGCACAACGCCGAUGCAGCAUUGCAGACGCGAGACAGCAAGGGUCACUUUGGCAUGUGGUGGGGAGCCAACGUGUUCAACGUGAACGUGCCGCGCUCCGCUGAUGGCAUCGACCACUUCGCUGCCAACAAGACAGAUUACCGGAACGAAGGCACCCCGCGCAAUGCUCUUUGGGGUCUUGCGGAUGCGUUUGUCCCUGGCGGAGGCAACGCCACCGCAAAUGCCGGUGUACAGUUGUACUCGGCAGGCUCAGGUGACCCUAACAGUCGCGGGCGCGGUCGCACGGUCGAGACACAAGCCGGUGGCUUGGCCCUGCUACGAGCUUAUUGGGAAAUUUCUCAGUCUUCAUAG